AUGCAGAAUGAGAUUGAGGCUACCAAGCGAAGAGUUAACGAGCUGGAGGAAGAGAUUGAUUUCAAGUCUAGUGAACUUAAUAAACUACAGCUCGAGCUCACCGAAGUGAGGCAAGCACUUGAGCAGGCCCAACUGAAUUUCGAAAAAGAAAUGGCCUUCUGCGACAUGAAGCGAAAUGAGCUCAGUCGUGUAAAGGUAGGCAAAACAGGCUCUACUCUUUCUUUUAGCAACGGCGAACUAGCUGGAGCAGAGAUGAUAACAAUCAAAAAUAAAACACUUUAG